ACCAACAGGCUCUCGUAUGGUCAGAGUUGAAUGUCCCAUGCAUUAUAGGUUACCUGUUGUCCCAGUGACGGAAAAUAGGCAGGGCCACGCCCCAACCGUUUAGCACCUCCGAAUAUGAAAACGUCUUAGAUAACCUGGAAUGCACACCUUCUGAUGCCCUAUUGUUCAGUCAGGACAUAUAAACCGAGUUCUAGGUAGGACUCCAUGAUUCCAAGGCCACACUUCCACUGAGGUUGUCGACAUCAGGGCUUUUCGGUGUGAGGAGAUACAGACAUGACCGAGAAAAUCUCUCUUCAAGCUCCAUCCAACGGUGUUCCACAAAGGAAGCACCGACGCUAUGGCAAGAAUAAGAGCAUUACCUACCUGGGACUGGUUGCUAACGUAAUUCAGGACUCUCCCGAAAAGAUGCUCACAUUUACUCAGUUGAUGGACAGGUUGGAAGCGUUCAUCUCCGGAGACAGAAAGGGCAUCGAGAACAACAUCCGUGUUUGCUUAUCAUCCAAUGACUGUUUUGUCAAGGUUCCAGCCGAUCCAUAUGUGACCUAUUCAAAAAAGAACCUGUGGAAAUUCGACGAGAGUCGAAUUACAGCUAAGAUGGCGCGACGCAACUUCAAGGGAAUUCUAGACCACUUUCCUGAUUUGUCCACCAAAGUGAGAAAGGAAUCACGGGAAAGGAAAUUCGAGGCUACAGAUCGCACUGCCAGCCUCCAUUCGCCCACACAAGAACUUGACUGCGCUCCAAUCCAGAGAAAAACUGAGGGGAAGUUCACCAGUUCAUUCUCCAUCGAUUCCAUUCUGAACACCGGCAGUUCACGUCUGUGUCCACAGGCCCGUCAACUGUCAGUUGUGUCCCGCGUACCAACGGAUCAAGUGCUUUUGUGCGCGGAGAGUGGUAUGGGAACCAAGAGAGGGAUGAGCUGGGACCGUCCACCAGUGGAGACGUGCCGUGCUCCUUGCCCAGGUGAAAGUUACCCCAGCUACGUGAUACCCCGUCAAAGUUACCCCGUCAACGGUGGUGUGAAGUCGGCUACCCAGUGUGGGCUACUGACAAUCCUGCUCCCUAUUUACUAUUGUAAACACCCGACCAAAUUCAUCAUUGUGCACUUUUGA